AUGCAAACAACGAUUUGCCUCCAUUAUUCGUCGAAAAUCUCUUUAAUUUUCCGAAUUUCGGCUAUGUCAUGUAUAAUUAUCUCUGUGAUAUGCUGCUUAAUGAAUGAUUUGUGGUAUUACUACACUGUUCCAACACUUGGAUUUUUUUCUGCACUUCUUGCUACAUUUUUUCUCCUUUUCACUAUUAUUAUUGGAAUGUGGAAAUUCUCGAAAAAUGAAAUAUUCCUACUGUAUUCAAUGAAAAUAACGAUCGUGAUGAUACCAAUGCUUCUUUCUUUGUUGGCUACGAUAUUUUUUGCUCUUGGCAUACGAGUAUGCAUCAAUUUGUUCAGUGAGACUUGUUUUAUACUCUACAAUUCACCAUCGCUUACCACUGCAAUGAUCUUCGCCGGCUUUUCCUUUUGCGUUUUGUUGAUAGAAUUCAUACUAUUACUCUGUACGAAUGAACCAAAAAUGGUUGAAGGUGGUACCCAAACCGGACCAAUAAACACUCCAAAUUUGGAUUAUGAUAAAACUUCAUCAGCUGUAACUGUAAACCCACAAUUCAAGCAAGCAUUCAUUGCUCGUCGCUCUCCGGUGCAAACAAACUUGUGA